GAUGGAACUCUGCCAUGGCCUGCCCUCCACAACUUUCUCUCGAAUCUCUCCCAGCUCCCCUCCCAGAUUUAAUCCCCCUUUAUAUCCCGCCAGCGGCCACCUUAAUUCCCCUCUCUCUGUCCCUCAGUUUAAUUCUUGGUGUUUUCCUUUUGCUCGCUGAGCUGAGCUGAGUUAGGGCGCGCGCCAAUGGAGGAGAGGAGGAUGUUGCAGGAGCAGCAGCAGGAGGAGGCUCAUGGCCAUGGGGGAAAGGAGGAGGAGGGGAAGAGGAGGAAGAAGCGUGGGAAGGUGGAGCUGAGGAGGAUAGAGGACCGGACGAGCCGGCAGGUGCGCUUCUCGAAGCGGCGGAGCGGGCUGUUCAAGAAGGCGUUCGAGCUGUCCGUGCUGUGCGACGUCGAGGUCGCGCUCAUCGUCUUCUCCCCCGCCGGACGACUCUACCCGUUCGUCUCCUCCGAAAGCAGCGUUGAGGAGAUUUUUGGUCGAUGCCGGCAUCUUCCCAACACAAUAGAUCUCAAUAUUGAGAUUGAUCUGAAUGAGCAGGCAGCACCAGACCCACUAUCUGAUUUAAACCACUUUGCUGACUGGAUCCUGGAAAUUGAUGUUAACUCGAUGGGCAUGGCUGAGCUAAGACGUUUUGAGGAAAUUGUUUCUGACGCUCUGACAGUUAUCAAGAACAAUCUGAGGAUGAAGGUGUCACAGCUCACCCAGACCGAGAGAAACCCACAGGAGAAAGCGAACAACUUGUCAAGCCAAGAAUCGGAGGAGUGAGACUCUGAGAAGAUGAUGGAGGGGAGGGCAUAUUGCAUAUAUACACUAGUUGUGUCUUCAGGUAUCGAUUUUUUGUCGGCGAAACGGCAGGGUCUCUGCUAUCCAUUGCGUCAUCUUGUAUCAAACGCUUGUAUUUUACAGUGCGUGUGUUUUCCCUAAAAUUAAAACCUAGGAAAGGAAAUAAUUCUGCAAUGUGAAUUCAGUACUCCAUCA